CGUGAUACGAUCCGUCAGCUUCAUGUGACCAGGAAACAUGGCGGAUGUAGAAGUAGCGAAGUCUUUGAGCGGACUGUUGAACGGAAUAGCUCAGAAAGUAUAUUAUAACAACACCGAAAUCACAGAGGAGCUGCUGAAAGAUGAGCUCUACCCCGAGCUGUCGGAGGAGGAGUUCAAGGCUCUGCAUGAGAAAAUGAAAGGCCUGCUAAAGUCUAUCGCCACGGCAGACAUGGACCAUGCCCAGCUGGAGGCCUUCCUCACGGCGCAGACCAAGAGGCAGGGCAGCAGCGGGGUGACUGCCGAACAGGCCGCUGCCCUCUCUCGCUUCUGGAAGAGCCAGCGGGUCCGGGUGAGGGAGAGCUUGCUGGCUCAGAGCCGCUGGGAGCCCGGCCUCAGGGGCCUCUCCUGGAGGGUGGACCUCCAGACUGCAGCCAGCCGGGGGGAUGCGGCUCACAGCGGCCCGGUCGCCCUGAUGGAGCUGGAGCUUGGCAGAGCCGGUCAGGACUCAGAGUUUGUGUGUCUGGAGUUUGAUGAAGCCAAAGUCAACCAGGUGCUGAAGAAGAUGGCUGAUAUCCAGGAGAGCAUCGACAGAAUCGUCCACCGCACCUAAAACUCAAACAGCAGAGAAACAAUGGGGCGUGGCUCUGACUGAGAGACGACCGACCAACUCCAGCUCUCUACUCACACACAAGUGGGAGUGGUUCAGAUCUGUAUAUGCCAGAAGGGAUCCAAUGUGGCUUCUGCACCUGCCUACAGACUCAGAAACGAAAUAGUGUACAAGAUAUGAUCACCACACACAUGCAUUUAGACAUGUUCAAAUCUGCCAUAAUUGAAAGUGCUGGACUGUUUUAUUACAUCAGAGCGACCCUUUUGCUGUCCUCCUCUGAAAGAAUGAAUGUUCCUCUCUGAUCACAGCGGCAAAAAAAUGCAGCACUGGCCUUUUAAGAUAAGGGGACGAUAAAGUCAUUGAAUAAAGGUUUUCAGAGUCUUUGCAAUUAAGAAGUUUAAAGCAGGAUUUUUGGAUUGUGCAAUGGAGCAAAAAUCUUUCAAAUGAACACAGCAGUUUGAUGUCAGAGGUUUGACUAGGAUGAUAUAACUUUCAAUGUGUUCAGGGAGCGAUUGUAGAUAAUCGAAGCAUACUACUGAUACCUAAAAUGUUAGCAAGGUAACAUUAGCAUUUAGCUCAUGUAAAGCUUACAAAGUCCAGUUUAGACUGAUAAAGGCUGGCCUGUUACUGGCAUCGAGAGGCCUUAUCAGGCAGCUGAAAAGUGUUUAGAGCUUCCUGUUCCUUUAAGACAGAGGUGUCAUCAUCCAGUCCUGAGCCCACCUGGUGUCAGGUAGACGUACAGGUGAGGCAUGGCCCAUCAGUCUUUAAGAGGAACAAAAGCCUGCAGGACAUCAGCACAGCCUAUCAUUAUAUAUCAUUUUAGUGGUGCUAAUUAGCAGAGUUUCAGGAGCGUGACCACACAUCAGCCACGUCAUCGCCAGCAUUUCCAUAAAUACCCACACGUAUCCUGCAUCCGUCCCCUACCACCCCUUUCUCUGUCCUGCCUCCUGAUCUUCUUCCUCUUCCAUAGGGUUAUAAGGGGGACCGUCGUGCCCGGGUGCUACGGCGGAUUUCCCUAUCGUAGCUUCCCCACAGCGCUUUCGAAUGUCUCUUCGGCAACCGCAAGCCAUACAUCUUCUGUUUCGAUCAUCAGUAAAUCAUUUAAUCACACCUGUUGAUUGUGUGGUCCUUAUAGGGAAAACCCGAUUACCCAGUUAGUAAACACUUUCCACAUCUAUCCAGUGGGGUACACCACUUCCUGUAAGUGAAUACUUAUUGUGCAUGUUGGUAAAUAAAUAAAUAGUGAAAUAGCUUCUUUUUCUGUGACUGUGUUCAGGUAGGAGGCUUCAUCAGAUCAGAGGUGGAUUACGCUGAUGUGCAAUAAAAGCAGAUAGCGACUUAAUAAAAAAACUCAGUAAAGUUUGUACCAUAUAAACCCGGUGCAGGUCACAUUUCUGCUUUGGAGCCACAGGAUUGCACUUUUAACCCAACAAGUUUAUGCUCUGACAUUACUGUGGUGUAAUAUACUGUAUAUAACAAUGUUCUUUUACACAGAGUUGUGCCCGUUAAUAUUAAAGGCAGUGACUGAGUCAUAAUGUAAAAUCAGAUGGGUUUUUUUCAGUUCUCCAUGGUGUCUCAAAUACUGAAACAAAGCUAUAUUGUUUCACGGCCAUAAAUACAACAAUGAUAUCUUUAUCAAGCCCUAAAAUAUAAACAGGCUUUGUCAGUGCUUUCAGGGUAAAACAUCAGGGUGUGGAGAUACUGGCCACUUUAUAAAAAAAGUUUUUUCAUGUUUGUCAUAAUUGCUUUCUACUGAAACCUCAGUAGACUUAGAAGGUCUACUGAGGUUCGAACUUUGCUGCUAGUUUCAGAAUGACUUUUCACUGUUACGAGAUAACUGAAGCAUAAAGUGUUUCUAAGACUACAUUCACACUGCAGGUUUUAAUGCAAACAUCUGAUCUAUUGUCAAGCUUGGUGUUUGUUUUUGUUAAAAAAGUAAAACAUUUCACUCAUCUAACUCAUGCAGAGGUAAAUAAAGGAAGAGGUGGCUGACUGCUACUGCA